AUGGAAGCCUACUCAAGGGAAUCAUGCAAUAAUGGCCAGGCAGUCAAGAUUCCCCGAGUCCACGAUUCAAUGGAAGACGUUCAACUCAGCUCAGGCAUGGAAAACAUGUACGUAUUUGCAUCGCCUACAGAAUACGGCCAAUACCUCGCUCAGAGUUCUAAGAGCGAGUUCGAGAGGCUUACGCAUACCGACAAAUACGACAAAUAUUUUAUAAAUCUCGGCAUUACCAAGAGUAGUAUCCAGGGUGGUACGCAGGAAGAAAACCGAAUGGUUAGGCAACGUUUUAUGCAUGCUUUGGUGGGGCAGCUCUGGAUGGAAGGUCGCAUCAAAAUAGGUCGAUAUCAGUGUAUGCAGGAUACAAAAUAUUGA